AUGUCGACCGUCAUUGUGUUUGGGCCAACGGGCAACAUCGGUUCCGUUGCAGCGCGCACCGCCCAAGAGCAUGGAGCGAAGGUGGUCCUCGCCAUGCGCGACCCGAAGAAGACCAUUCCUGGUCUGAGUCCGGGGCAAGAGCAGGCCGGCGGUUUCGAGAGAGUCCAAGCUGACCUGAUGGACGCCGAUUCCGUCGCUGCGGCCGUCAAGAAAUCUGCAGCCAAGCGCGCCUUCAUCUACGUCGCCUUCGGUUCUUCAGAUCAUAUGAAAUCCACUCUUGAGGCCUUGAAAUCCUCUGGUAUCGAGUUCGUCGUCCUUCUUAGCAGCUACACUGUCUCCGGCGAGCUCAAGGACUUCGUUCCCAGUGAUCUCAUCCCUUACAUGCACGCGCAGGUGGAAAUCAACCUCGAUGAAGUCUUCGGUCCAGAGAACUACGUCGCCGUGCGCCCCGGAGGUUUCGCCACGAAUAUGUUGCACCACAAGAGCGGGAUCGCGGCCGGAGAGGUAAAGCUUUAUGCACCAAACUAUGGGCUCGAUUGUGUCACGCCUAUUGAUAUGGGUCGGAUCUGUGGAAUUAUUUUUGCCAAGGGACCAAAGAAUGGACACCGAAAGGUCUAUGUCUAUGGUCCUAAGAUCAUCUCAAUGUCAGAUGCUGUUCACACUAUUGCUAAAGUUUUGGGCAAGACUGUCAAGAUCACUACUAUCAGUGCAGAGGAGGCUAUAGAGCAGCACCUCAGUCAUGGUAUGCCUAAGCCGCUGGCGGAACAUAUGGUACAGAGAUUCGGAAGUGAUAAGGGUGCCAAUUUUCCGCAUGUUCGUUAUGAGGAGGGAGUUCAGAAUGUACAGCUUUACACUGGGGUACCUGCUACAGGGUUUGAGAAAUGGGUAGCUGGGAACAAGGAUCUGUUCAGCGCCUGA